CAUGGCGACUGGUCAGGUCAGCUACCCCCAUGACUGUCUAAGCGCGCCUGAACCUGACUGCAGAGAACGGCUACUUCCUGCACCGUAGAUCUCCGAUCGUUAUAAGAAUCGUCGAAUGGUAAUCCGGAUCGGGAGCUAACGAUCGCUUGCUUUGUUACCUUGAGGUUGGGUGAUGCACCAGUAGCGCUGGUCUGGUGUGUCGUCUCGUCUCGUCUCUUCCUUGCAGCUUGUUUCUAGCACGAUCGCCACCUCACAGCCGUCCGAUCAGCAACCUAGCGUCUCUCUCUGGCAAGCUUAGUAUGGUCCGUUUUGAAUCAUAGCCCUCGCCGCUUCGUCCAAGCGACGUCUCAUCCCACCUCCUCCCAUCUCCUCCCACCUCCUCCCACCUCAUCCCACCUCAUCCCACCUCAUCCCACCUUCCACCCGCACAUGCCUGUUACUCCCGAUACAAAUCCUCCAUUCCGCUUCCCUCGUCGCUUCAUAGCACCCCACCCCGAGGCAAAUCUGCUCGGGCAAAUCUGCUUCUCCGUCGUUCCAGGCGACUUAUCGCCAUCAUCCCUACCACCGGACCACCAUCGUGUGUAAUCUGCUUGUAAGACGUUAUUCCUACCGCCUCACCACCGUCAUUCCUAUCCCCAAAGCCGUUUUCGCACCACCUCAGCACCUCGUGUACUAAUCUCAGCCGCUUCUCACGCGCUAGCAGCGCAUGGCACGCGUUAAUCUGCAGCCGUUUCGCCAUGGCGUCGCCAGGCUGGCUCGCAGCGUACAAACAUGGCGGACUGGGGGGCUAGAAAUCAAGACAUCACGUGGGGAUGGUGGUGGACGGCUGCUAGAGAGAGCCCGGUUGCUGGACAGAGCACUGCACGUCGGAGCUGUGGAGAAUAGAGCCCUGUUCACUGAGACCUCAUUUAAGUCGGACUGGUUGGAGCCUUUCAGAGCCGUUGGGUUCCAUGAGCCGUCCAGAAAUGCUUGUGCCUUUCGCAGUCAUGCGUCCGUGGCCGCUGUGUCACGGCAGGUGUCGCAAUCCGGUGCUGCUGCUGCUGCAGCCACAGCAGACGCCAUGGGAGGUUUUGUCCGGCGCGUCAGCAAAUGGCACGCUGAACGAUGUCCGGCCGUGUAUCAGCUAACUCAUGCCACCCAAGUAACACAGCAGCAGCAGCGCAUGGUGCAUUGUGGACUUGCAGCACCCACUUCUGCUGCAUGUGUCACUGACACGCAUCAGCAGCAGCAUCAGCAGCAGCAUCAGCAGCAGCAUCAGCAGCAGCAUCAGCAGCAGCAUCAGCAGCAGCAUCAGCAGCAGCAUCAGCAGCAUCAUCAUCAGCAGCAGCGGCAGCACAUCGCUCAGAGAGCAGCCUUUUCUGCCUCAGCUGCUAGUCCUACCAGUGAGCCCAGUCCGGUCCAGCCAACCAGGCCUUCCACUCCAACCAUUACUUCAAGUGCCGGUAGUCAAGCCGGUCCCACACAUCCCACCAGUCACACCGGGGAGAACACACCCACCAGCCCCACCAGCCCCACCAGCCCCACCAGCCCCACCAGCCCCACCAGCCCGACCAGCCCGACCAGCCCCACCAGCCCCGCCAGUCUAACUAGUCAACCCAGUCAAAACAUCCCCAUUAGCCCCUCCAGUCCCACCAGUCAAGCCAGCCCCUCCAGUCCCACCAGUCAAGCCAGCCCCUCCAGUCCCACCAGUCAAGCCAGCCCCUCCAGUCCCACCAGUCAAGCCAGCCCCUCCAGUCCCACCAGUCAAGCCAGCCCCUCCAGUCCUGCUCCUCCCAACGGCCUUGCCAGUCCGUCUGGCAGUAAGCCUCAGGAUCAGUUCAUUCCAGUCAAGGCAGUCUACGUGGCAAGAAGUUUGGACGUGAGGGGGUUGGUGGGCCCUGCUGGGUUCAGAAGCAUGCCGCACCUGCCAGCCAAGAACAAUGUCAUCAUCCGCUUUCCCAACCGCUCCGUGCCUCUUGCCCGCAGUGAAGCACUGUCCAAGCCCGGCAUGGAGGCGUGCGUGCCAGCGCCAGAGCGCUACCUGGUGGCCUUCCACUAUGGCUCCGUGGUCUUCUUCAACUUUGACCGCACAGAGGAGGGGCUUGCCCUCGAUAUAGUCACGCAGCACUGCACUGGGGCCUUCAAGGAGGCGCACAGCGAUGAGUACAGUGUGAUUGCACGGCCGGCUCUCAAGGGGUGGAGCGAGGGCGGGCACGACUAUGUGGCGGUGAGGCAGCUGGACUUCAACAACAUCCGAGUCAUCUCCAGCAUCCUGGGACAGAGCGUGGCUCUGGACCAUUACGCCCGCAAGGUGGACGAGAUGGUGAACACGUUCAGCGAGCUGAACAGAGGCAUGGAGCAGAGCGGCACGUUCACCAUGACUCGCAAGAAGCUCUUCCAGCUCGUGGCUGCUGCCAACACUACUCUGGCGGACGUCAUCCUCAGAAUAGGGCUGCUGGAGAGGUCGGACACGGCGUGGCGGCAUGCGGAGUACUCCAAGAUCUGGGAGUUCCUUCGAGACGACUUUGAGCUGGACGAGCGGUUCGAGAGCCUCGACUUCAAGCUCAACAUCAUCCAGCACAACGUGCGAUUCUUUUUGGACAUUCUUCAAAAUCGGAAGUCCGACACGCUUGAGUGGAUUAUCAUCCUCCUCAUUGCAGGAGAGAUCUGUGUUAGCCUGUACGAAAUCAUAUUUAGAACCAUGGAGAACUCUAAGUAGGGUAGUCACUUUUAUGGGUAAUAAUGAGGCUACAAAUGCUCGAGAUACUUUCGUUCUGUAUUAGCAGACUACGUG